AACAAGCGGUUUUUUGGUGGGCAAUAUCAUUAUACCUUCAUGGGCAAUAUUGACAAAAUUGGAAUAAUAUUGUUAUUUACCUGCUAAAGUCUAAACAAUACUCAUUGCUCGCAAACAAUUUGCUAUUGUAAUGAUCACCCGUGCCCGAGCGUUUUCUACAGAAGUGUUGAAAGUUGUCAACAAUGUUGCUAAGCAAAAGUUUGUUGUGACUCUUGAAAAUAAUGAAGCACAGUUAGAUUAUAAAAAACAAGAUAAAGAAAUAACCUUUAUCCAUACAAAUGUACCAAAGGAGUUUCAAGGAAAAGGAGUGGGAAAGCUAUUAGCUCAGCAUGCCUUUGAUUAUGCAUCAGAAAAUAAGUUUAAAGUAAUUUGCCAGUGCCACUUUCUGGCAAAAUAUUAUCGAGACAACAUCAAUCAGUACAAGGAUCUUCAGGUGACGCUGGACUUGGAGUAAAUCAUGGAUACUGAGUUGAGUAGAUGUAGAAUACUAUAUUAUAUAAGACAAAAAUAUUAUGGCAAAGCUAAAAAAAUUGCAAAAGAAAGACUGUCACAGCAACCAGAUCUGAAUGAAUUACUAUUCUAUCAUGGAAUAGCUAAUAUCCUUGAAGGACAAGUUCAAAAGGGCAUAAAUGAUUUAUCCUCACUUCAGUCAGACAAAGAUUUACAACUGGCCGUGUAUAUUGCCCUAAUCUAUAGCUACAAAUUGAUCAGUUCACAUGAUAAGGAGGAGUUGUAUAAUUUAGAAACUAAAUUGAAAGAAGAACGUAAACAGGCUGGUGCUACAUCAUUUUACUAUGCAGGUAUAUUCUUAUCACUCGCUGAAAAGUAUGAGAAAGCUGCUGACCAUAUAAAUAAAGCUCUAAGAAAGGAUUCCAACAAUAUUAACACUAUUAUUCUAAAAGGCUGGAAUGAUAUGCUUUCAAAUACAAGGGAUUUAAAGAAUUCUACAUUAGAUUGUUUUGAAUUAGCUCUCCAGAAAAAUGAUAAAAAUAUUGAUGCAGUGUUGGGUGCAGCUAAAUUCAAAUAUUUGGUUGGUGAAUUUGAAUCCUCAAACUUAUUUUUGGAUAAACUUAUUGUACAUAAUCCCAGAGAAGUAAUACCAUUGAUUGAAAAACUAAGCAAUGAGUUUGCCGCUUUGAAAUGGGAGUCCGUUUAUGAUGCCAUAGAAAGGAUAUUUUCAAUAGAACCCAACAAUAUUGACGCUUUAAAAAUAAAGAUAUUUAUUGCCCUGUGUAAGAACUGUGAUUAUAUUGAGGCGGUCGAUCAACUCGAUACUUUUUAUUCUGUACUCGAGUCCGAAGAAUCCACCAAUGGGUAUCAGUUCCUUAACACUGCACAAAUAUUUUCUAAGGCGUGUGGAAGACACAAUGCUGUUUUAUCUCAGGUAUACAGGUUUGUACAGUACGCUUCAGAGAUGUAUCCAAAUAAUGUUGAAUACUUAUGUGAGGUGGGCUACCAAUGUGUAUUGCAGGGAAAACACAAGGAUGCCCUCAACUUUUUCAAAGCAGCCAGUAAAAUUGACAGUAAUUCUAUUAUGUCGCUGUGCGGCUUGACCAUCUGUCAAAUGUUUGAGAACGGCCCAACUGAACAAGUCGCUCAGCAAGUUGAAUUGCUAUUUGAGAUGCAAGGAACAAAUAAGUUUCCAAUGCUCUUUUUGCUACUAGCUCAAUUAAAUAGAAAGAACCCAAAAUCACAAUCAUACCUCAACAAAGCUAUAGAAACUCAAAUUUCUAUUGCUGCAACAUAUCCCCUGGGCCUGACAUACAUUAAAAAACUAGAUCCAGAUUUCCUUUUGGAUGUUUAUAAAGAGCUUAAGAAACAUAUUCCUAAGAAGCCCCUAGUAAUAACUGGGUGUUUGCUAUACACACAGGAAAGCAGCAAUACUGUUUAUAUUAGUUGUGAAAAACUAUUGAGCACAAUAUGCAAAGCUUGUCCUGGACUUAUACCUGCAUUGUAUGAGCUUGCUAAAUUGAAGUUUUUAUUUGGCUUUGCACCUGAGGCACUGAAGUUGUGUCAGCAAGUGUGCGACCUUGACAACACUCAUGCUGAGAGCCACGUCUUACUAGCUCAGAUUUAUGUACAGCAGCAAUCUUUUGCUAAGGCAGCUCAUAGCCUUGAAAUGUGUUUGAGUUAUAAUUUCAAAGUGAGAGACAGCGCAAUGUACCAUUUCUUACGAGGUGUCAUAUUGAAGAGCUCCAAUGAGCAGCAAGAUGCUCUGACGAGUUUCAGCACGAGCCUUCAAGUUGCAUCUAAAGGUGGCAUAGGUGCAAGUAAGCAGAACGAGACAGACUUGAACAUUAUCGACAAGGCAACAUUAUACUUGGAGAUAAUUGAGCUCCAAACAACUUUAGGUCUUUUAGGAGAAGCUGGGAAAAUGAUGCAGGAAGCGAUUCAAGAAUUAGCCUACACGUCUGAAGAAAGCCGCUUGUCUAUAGCUCGCGCGGAUUUGGCACUGAAGAAGGGAGAUAUCGACAAUGCAAUAGACAUACUGAACGAGGUGAAGCCCGGCCAGCCCUACUACUUUCAAGCUCAUAGCAAAAUGGCGCACAUAUACCUGAAGGAGAAGAGAGAUCAUGCUAUGUUUACAACCUGUUUUAAAGAAAUCGUCAGUAAUCAUCCAAUGGCCGACGCGCAUACUAUGAUGGGAGAUGCAUUUAUGUCUAUUCAUGAACCUAAGCAAGCUGCGGAAGCCUACGAAAUAGCCCUCAAAGGGAAUCCCAAAGAUGUUCAGCUUGUGAAAAAACUCGGUGUUGCUCUAUACAAAAUGCACAAAUACGACAAUGCUCUCCAACACUAUGAGAAUGCUAUCAAAAUAAUUACUGAUGAUGAUGAUAUCAAAAUUGAAUAUUUUGAACUUCUAAUAAAGCUUAAACAAUAUGACAAAGUUGACUCAAUCAUUUCUUCUGAGCUAAAUCAGCCCUACAACAAAGAGAAGGAUAAGAAAACUCUAAAACGACGUAUACAACUGCUGCUUCUCCAGGCGAAAAGUCGGGAGAUAAAAAACCCAGCGGCUAGCAACACCAACCUUAUACUGACCGAAGCUAAAGAGUUGCAAAGUGCUGUGCUCAAACGAGUAGAAGUUGACGCGAGAGGAGAUGUAAACGAGGAGAAGAAGAAGCUAUCGGAGAUCCUUUGCGCGCUGGCUAAAGUGAAAUCUGUCAAGGAACCAGCUAUUGCCAUUCACUUGUAUUCCGAAGCGUUGAUACAUUGCCCGCGGGAACCAAAUACAUUGUUGGCGCUAGCGAAACUAUUCGCACAGAUGAACAACAUGGAGAAGUGUGAGCAGACGUGUGCUGUGCUGCUCAGCGCCGAUCCCAACAACGAAGCAGCUGCUGUCAUGAUGGCUGACUUGGCGUUUAGAAAGGUGGACUUGGAGAGCGCGGCGCGUCACCUGACACAGACGCUGUCGGUGCGCGCACGCAGCUGGGCCGCGCUGGCGCAGCUCAUCGAGGUGCAGUGGCGGCGCGCGGAGCUGCCAGACGCCGCACGCGCCCUUGCUGCCGCUGAACCCGCUGCACAGGACGAAGGCUACUCGUACUGCGCGGGUCUGUGCGCGAUGUACGAGGGCAAAGUGAACGCGGCACUGCGUCACUUGAACCGCGCGCGGCACUCGCAGUGGGGCCGGGCGGCGGCCAGGCGCAUGGUUAUGCUCUGUCUCACUCAGCACGCUGCUGAUGUUGAUGGGAGUGAGGAGUCGGACACGCGUCUACUAGCGCUGCGUACAGCAGAGAAGUUACUAGCUGAGGUGGCGCCAUCGGAGCGCAAGGCGCUACAGGCGCUAGUGACGUUAGCUACGCGGCAGAAGUCGGCCGCAGAGCGCGUGUUACAGGAUCUACUGCCUUUAGUGACAGAAGACAACUACCAGGACGACCCGCUGGUUAUACUGGCUAUUGCUAAUGCGUACACCUUAAUAAAGCAGCCUACCCGUGCCAAGAAUAUACUCAAGAGAACUGUGUCGUCUAUACCGUGGACGCCCGAAAACGCUGAUGGUUUAGAAAGAUGUUGGCUAGAAGUUGUGGACAACCAAAUUAACUCGGGCCGAAUGGAAGUAGCUAAAGAGCUACUGUCAAAAAUUUUACUUCACAAUCAAUCUUGCGCUGCGGCCUAUCAAUAUCUUGGGUACAUAUCAGAGAAGGAACAGAACUACAAAUCAGCGGCUCACAACUACGACAAGGCGUGGACUCACUCAGGGAACGAUCUCGCCAUCGGAUACAAACUAGCGCAGGCCUAUCUCAAGAUAAAGAAGUACCCCGAAUGUAUAGUGGUAUGCCGGGCUAUAUUGAAAAUACAUCCCGACUACCCCAAAAUCAAGAAAGAGAUCUUUGAAAAAGCUAAAAAUAAUCUGAGGACCUAAUUGAGUGGCAAAGAUUUCUCGAUUAUCAAGCAGCCACCGUCCAAAAACAAGUUGU